AUGCAUAAAACGAAUUCUGGUUUUUAUGUCAUAGAUGUUUUGCCUCUCCAUCAUGCGAGCAAACGUCCUUUUCAUCUUGAAAGAAGGAUGAAAUCUAAAAGGUCUACUACUACUUACGUUCACGGACAUGGUCAUAAAAAAUUACCUCAAUGCGACCGUAAUGAUGCUCGUAUUAAAAGGGAAGCUUUACUUGAACAAAGACGUCUCAAAUUGGCUCGUCAAAUUUUGCACGUUAAAGAAGUUUUAAUUAAACAACAUGAACGUGCUCUUAAUGAAUCUUUUACAAAGCGAUCUCAUAUUCAACAAACUUUACAAGUUGCUGAAAAAAAUAGAAAUACUAUUUUACAACGGUUAGUUGAACAAUGCGCUCAGGAAGUUGCUAGAUGUAAAGAGGUCGCUCGUCAACAACAAUUAAAAAAUCAAGAAGAAAUUGAUCGACGUCGAGCUGAUUUAGAACGUCGUCAAAAAGCAACUGCUGCUCGUAGAGCAAGACUUCUCUCUGUUUCUAAAUCACAUGUUCUUGAUAGUGAUCUUCCUCAUUAUACUCGUGAAGAGGCUGCUACUAUUAUUCAAAAUAAUUGGCGUUUCAAACAUCUUAUUGAUGUUAUUAAAACUUACCGUAGUUUCGGUAUUACAAUGCAUACCAUCAAAAAAAUGUCUUUUCGUGAUUCUGUUAACUUAUUAAAAGAAAAUGCUGUCAUUCAAGCAACAAAUAAAUUUUUACAACGUGUGAGGAAAUCUUCUACUGUUACUUCGGGUGCUAGUAAAUAUAAAAAUCCUGCAAGAAUAUUUUUGAGUGCUUAUAUGAUCGUGGCACACACAAAUGAAAUUCUUGUUGAUGUUGGUCGUCUUGAAAAAACCCUUUUAAAUUCGUCCAAGAAUAUGUUAAAAGAACUUGAACAAUGGUUCUCGGAAAUCGAUAAUGCUAAUUUCAAUAAAAUAUCUUACAACAAUCUUCUUAGUUUUCUUUCAUCAUGGGAUGCUUAUUAUAAAGAUUUUAAUACUUGGAAAUCAAAAGAUUCUGAAAAAUUAGCAAGUAAUCUUAUUACUCAUUAUGUGGAACUAGAAAAAUUAUGGAAUACUGUCAAAAAUCAGGCAAAUGCGGAAACCGAAUGGAGAAUGAAUAUUGUCGAGCAACAAGAAGAAAUUAGGCGUAAAAUACGUAAUUUAGGUGGUGACGAAGCGACGGCGAAAUUGGAAAGAGUUCUUAGAAGGUUAAAAGCAAACUUACCAAUUAAUGGUAGUGAAAACGCUGACGUCUCAGAUUCUGUAACUGGUACUGUAAAUGAUCAAACAAGUGAUCAUAGAGAACAAGAUUCAGGUUUACCUCCACGACAAUCUUUCGUACCGCAAACCUUAGCAACUGACGGAUCCGUUGAAUUAAAUAGUUCAAAUCUUCAACCUACGACCUCUUCAACCAAUACUCCUUCUGCCUCACAUAAAAAAUCAACAACAAAUGUUAACCUUAACCGUAUUAUUCAAAGCCUUGGUGGUACUCAAGUUAAUUCUGGUUUAACAAAUGAACAACUUGCUCAUGAAAUCAUUAUUGAUCCAAAUUUCGAGUUGAAGCCUCCAAAGCUUUCCGAUUUGGAAGAGCGUGUACGAGCUAUGGCCACCAAGGCUUUCUUUGAUUCCGCAAGAGAUGACUUUAAUCAAGGACGAUAUGAGAGAUGGAUUCCUGAGCUUUUAUCUGAUGUUAAGCAGCGCCUUCUCGAUCUUGUUCCAUCUACUUCUUCUUUAUAUUCGUCCAUCAAUGAUGUUCUUGAUAUUGAUUUGAUUACUCAACAAACAAAAGCGGGAGUUUAUAAUAUUCACAAUUGUAUUGUUUUUAUUACGAAUACAAUGCUUCAAAUAUGUGCACCAGUUCGUGAUGAAGAAAUUAAAGAACUCAAAGAUUUAAAUGAUCUCGCUGAGAUCUUUCAAAAAUUAUUAAAUAUAUUGGAUCAAAUGAGACUGGAUCUCACUAAUUAUCGUGUUAAGGCUUUCAGACCUUACAUAAAAGAGCAUGCUAUUGAAUAUGAACGUCGCAAAUUUGAACAAGCUUUACAAUCUAAACGUUUAACACUUGACUUGACAAAACCAUGGAUUAAACAAACAGUUGAUUCCCUUUUGCGUACUAGAGCAGAGCGCAAUCCAGAAAAUAUUCAUCUGCCACAACAUAAACAUAAUUACGGUAUUAAGUUUGAUCAAGUAUUCAAUGAGUCUUUUGUCUCUUUCAUUUUCCAAUCAUCAAUGAUUGGUAAAAACAACUGUCCUGAAACUCUUUUGCUUGAUAUUGAAAGACUCUGGAAUUAUCAAAAUGAAGGACAAGCCGUUACAAUUGUGGCAGCUUUGUUAAUGCUUACUAAAAAUGUGGUGAAUGGAAAAGUUGGUAACGUUUCUGAUGAUGAUCUUACAACCUUAAAGGAUACUCUUUUUGUUCUGUUGACGGAUGGAGAUACAACUAUUGAUAACUUGGCGGCCGAAAUUAUAGCAUAUUUUCCAUCACCUCUUUCACCUGAGACUCAAACAUUAAUUAAAUCAAUGGUUUCCAAGACACUUUCACAAUCUGAUAAAGUAUUUUCUCUCUUGUCCCGUAGAAUUCAAAAUAUUGUUAAACAACAUAUUCAAACGGGACAAUUUCCUAAAAAGGAAACAUUGGCUCAGCACGGAGUGAUUGCGGUUUCUAAAGAAUUAGAACAAUUGAGUCGAAAAAUUACCAUAUUGGGAAGAUAUAAUCGUGAAGUUUAUGCCUAUUGGUAUGAUUCAAUUAUUCGUGAACAAUUACAAGAAGCUGGAGAUGCCGAUAGAAAAGAAAAACCUAGUAAAGGAAAAUCCAACGAGAACGUAGAUUGA